ACUUGAGGUCCGGAUUGGAUGGCCAUAUACUGAACUAUCAUAAGAAAGGUGGCUUGAAAAAAAAAAAAUCUUAAAGUAGCUGGAAAGAAAUCUACUGACAAUCUUCAAAUCAUUCAUACUAAAUCGAGUUGCCUUGCAUCAGUAAAACCGAAAAAAAGCACUACCAACACCACCGGAAACUAUUCCAUUACUGCUCAGAAAACUUUUGGAGGAACAUGAUGAAUCAUUAUCUUUCGAAAUCGACAUGAUGUAUUCAUUCGACGCAUAUAAAAACAUAGUAAUCAUGGAUGAUUUUGAAAUGGCAAAAUCUAUUGAGCAGAAUAGUAAACGUGAUCCGACUCCAACCGAAUCUACUGCAUUGUCGGACAAGGACCAAAAUACCAGCCAGUCCGAUCAUCAAUUCCGACGACCGGAAGUUCCUUCCUUGCGCCAUUAUCGCCAUCCGACCGCAAGCGGUUUGAAUAGCAACCGCGGUAACGUGUUGACAUCUAACACGUACGUAAUCGGAGGUGUAGUCAAUACAAAAGGCGGUGUUAUCGUGGGCGACGAAGAUCUCGGCAAUGGAUACGUUUACGCGGACGAAAACAUUUGGAAUUACUAUUAUUAG